AUGGCAGCCAAUCAAAAGUCUAAUGAUUAUUAUAUUGGCGUGGACGUAGGGACCGGCUCUGCUCGAGCAGCCCUCGUAGCGUGUGAUGGUGAAAUCGUAGCUGAAUCAACUUACCCCACGACAACCUAUAGGGACGAUCAAAAUCAUGAUAUAUUUGAGCAAUCAACAGCUGAGAUCUGGAACUCAAUCGCCAAGGCCUGUAAAGAUUGCCUAAGGGACGCUCAAGUCGGCCCAGAACAAGUCAAAGGGAUCGGGUUCGAUGCGACCUGCUCAUUGGCAGUUUCCACCUUCGAAGGUGAACCGAUGUCGAUCACUCAAGAUGAGUGGGGGCCCGGAGAAUCGAAGAGGAACAUCAUCCUCUGGGCAGACCAUCGUGCACGCGAUGAAGCUAAUCUAAUCAAUUCAAGCGGCAGUCCAGUCUUGCAAUAUGUCGGAGGAACGAUGAGCCUAGAGAUGGAAAUACCUAAGGUGCUUUGGUUGAAAAGACAUAUGCCUGAACAUCUCUUCAAGCAAUCUAUGUUUUUCGACUUGCCCGAUUUCUUAACUUAUCGGGCAACUGGUAAUCUAGCCCGAUCCAACUGCUCAUUAGCUUGCAAGUGCUCUUACGUUCCUCCCGAGGUCGAGGGCCAUAAAGGUUGGAACGACGAUUUUUUUAGGAAGAUCGGACUACCCGAAUUUGUCGAAUCCGAUUUCAAACAAGUUGGCGGUUCCCCGGGCAAGCUGGGAUUAAUUCUGACUGCCGGACAACCAGUUGGUUCAGGACUUACGGCGAAAGCAGCCAACGAGCUCGGUUUGUUACCAAAUACGCCAGUUGGAUCGGGUGUGAUCGAUGCCUAUGCUGGAUGGAUUGGUGUUGUCGCUGCCAAGAUGGAAGGUGAAAAAGAUAGCGAUCUUGGGACCAGUCAGCAUCGACUAUGCGUGAGCGCUGGUACUAGCAGCUGUCAUAUUGUCCAGAGCCCAAAUCCGGUUUUCGUCCCCGGUGUUUGGGGACCUUACUUGCACGCCGUCUUCCCUGGAUAUUGGAUGAAUGAGGGCGGGCAAUCUUCGACUGGACAAUUGUUGGAUUUCAUUAUUGAUACCCAUCCCGCGGUCAACAAGGUCAAGGAGUUGGCGCAUGCAAAGGGCGUGAAUCAUUUUGUAUUUCUCAAUGACACUUUGAAGCAAGCCCAACAAGACAAAAAAGCGCCUUUCUUGACUUACCUAACCAAAGAUUAUUACUUAUAUCCGGAUCUACAUGGCAAUCGAUCUCCCUUGGCUGACAACGCUAUGAAGGGCAUGCUCAUCGGCAUGUCCCUCGAUAAGGGAGUGAUGGAUCUAGCAUUGCGGUACUUUAUCACAUGCGAAGCAAUCGCAUUACAGACUCGCCAAAUAGUUGACAAAAUGAACGACAAAGGUCACAAGAUCACCGCAAUCUUCAUGUCGGGCGGAUUGGUCAAAAAUGCGGUCUUGAUGCAAUUGAUAGCGAACAUAUGUAAUGUACCGAUUCAACUCCCAGCAUCACAUUCAGCUUCAGUUGUUUUGGGCUCAGCCAUGCUUGGAAAGGCCGCUUAUGUGUCCACUCAACUACACCAAUCCCAAGCAAUUUCCAAACAGGAGAUCGCUGAGGAAAGAGCUCAUCAAAUGAAAGAUAAAUUGUGGGAGAUCAUGGUUGGAAUGUCCAGGCCAGGUACAACGAUCAAACCGGAUUUGACCGAAAAAGAAAAGAAAUUGCUAGACGUCAAAUUCAAGAUAUUCAAUGAAUGCAUCGAUCUCCAACGAAAAUGGAGAAAGGACGUUCAAGAUGCUUUAAGUUAA